AUGGACUGCAGGGUUCAUAAUGACCCUCACUACAACACAUUCGAUAAAGCUACCCAUCACUUCAUGGGCACCUGCACCUAUACAUUAGCCAAGCUCUGCACUAAUUCAUCCUCGCUCCCAUACUUCAACGUCGAAGCCAAGAAUGAAAAUCGGGGCCAUCCUUCCAUUUCCUAUGUGCAGCAAGUUCAUGUAGAUGUUUACAAUCACAGAAUAUCCAUAGUGAGAGGGAACACUAGUAGAGUCUUGGUUGAUGGUGUUUGGAGGACUCUUCCUGUCACGCUACUUGGAGGGGCGAUAACUGCGGGCAGGAGUGGGAGAUAUGUAGUUUUGGGGACCGAUUUCAAGCUCACAGUUUCUUAUGAUACUGAUCACACUGUGGAAGUGAAAGUGCCCAGCUCUUAUUUCAAUGGGACUUGUGGCAUGUGUGGCAAUUACAACAAUCUAAGAGCAGACGAGUACAUGAAACCUGAUGGGUCACAAGCAAAAGAUAGUAAUGAGCUUGGAAACAGUUGGCAAGUUGAAGAUGGUGAUUCCAGCUGUAUGCCCAAUCCACCCCCAGACUUCUGUCUGCCAGAAGCAGAGGAGCUCUAUGAAAGUGACCGUUUCUGUGGUCUGAUCACUAAAAAGGAUGGCCCUUUUGCCAACUGUCUCUCUGUUGUUAAUCCGGAGAGCUUCUUUGAGAGCUGUGUUUUUGAUAUGUGUGCAUUAUCUGGAGCCCAGCAUUUGCUGUGUGAUGCUUUACAAGCAUAUGCAGAUGCCUGCCAGAGUGCUGGGGUGAACAUUCCACCAUGGAGAAAUACUACCUUCUGUCGUAAGCAAUUCCUCUUUACUUAA